AUGCGUAUUCGCCUUCAGCCUCGCAAGAGACCACAAGGUAAGCGACCCCCUGGUAAGCUGAAUAUUACUUUGUUGUCUUUGCCCGCUCACAAUCUUCAUUUCAGCAGUGAGCUAGCUCAACGGUUAGACAACCUUCCAAUCGCUGCCGCCGCUAACGACACCGCCGCUGCCGAGAACGCCUCCGUGGAGAACCGCUGGUGUCAACUGCGAGACACGGUCCAAUCGAUGGCGCUCGCCGUCCUCGGUCGCGCUCCCCGCAAACACGAGGACUGGUUCGCCGACAACGACGCCGUUAUCAUAAAUAUGCUCGCCGAGAAGAACCGCCUACACAAAGCCUACGUUAACCACCCCACUGACGACGACAAAGCUGCUUUCUACCGCAGUCGCCGCAACCUUCAGCAACGACUGCGCGAGAUGCAGGACGCCUGGACUGCUCCCAAAGCUGAGGAGAUCCAAGGCUAUGCGGACCGCAACGAGUAG